CGCAUCACUGUUAUAGCCGCCAUCUUGUUUUCGUUCAGCGUUGUAGUUUCUUCUCCGCGAGAAAUUUAACAUUAUGGCUGGCGAAGGAGGCGUUGAUAUCGAUUUGUACGCCACAGUAGAUGAAUUUGAGCCAGAAGUUGCUGGUCAGGUAAGAUUUAGGGAAGAUUUCGUGCACGGAGAGUUCUAAAACGUGCACAAACCAAAAUCGAUAGAGCACGCUGUGACUCUGAUCAAGUGUCACUUUUAGCUUACCUUUGCGACAUAAUCUCAUAGGCAUGUUUAUAUUUUGUAGUGUAAAUAUUGUUGCGAGAACACACGAGGAACACCAUGAUGUGUAUUCAGUUGCAGCGUCUUAUAAUUCAGAAAUAAUUGUAUUGAAGAACAAAUUUCUGGUCUUUUUGCCGACUUUGUCGAAAUAGUUUUUAUAGCUGAGAAGCACAGACUUGAACUAAUCUUUGUAUGUUUCGCUUACAGCUGAGUGUGGUGCGUCUUUUUUUCUGAAAAGGCAUACGUGUACUUUUUGAUGUUGCCUUCCUAAGGUAAACAUCGAAACAACGAAAAAAAUCGAUCGGUUUCUUAAGGACGCAGAAUUUUAGGAAAACAGCUUUCGAAGCUGCAACUGCACGAUUCCUGUUUAUGUUGGGAAUAGUGCAGAUUAUAAGUGUGGACAGGUGAAAGCGUAUACACUUGUGAAACAGAUUAUGUGGCAUGAAUUCAGCUCAAAUGUAGAUUGAAACAAACAUGGUCUAAGUAGAGCCCUGUAAAAUUUUGAAGCUAUUAUAUUACUGCCAUUUUAUCAUGGCCUCAUCAUUUCUGGCAACCAUCUUAUACAUACAGCUUUACACCAGUGCUAUAGUUCUGGCUGUUGCCUAAGUAUUGUGAGAGUAGGAGCUGGCUUGAGAUUUGUGAACUAGACAGUUUGUCAUAUAAAGUGUCCAGCAAAGCUGUCAGAGGAAGUGUGCAGUUCAGAAGUCAGGGAUCAUUAUUUCAUUCUCUAGUAGUCUGGAGGGUAUCCAGUCACGUGCCUCGUCACCAAGGAAUUUCACCGCUAAUGAACUUGCCACCAAACACCAAGAGAAAGAUAAACUAGAGUAUAGUAGUCAAGGUGUAUUAGCUGUUCAAACUGAGUCACUACAAUGUCAAUGAAAUUGCAAGUUUGUUAGCUUGCAAAUUUCGAUGUCAUCAUGUUGUCAGUGAUGUGAUAGUGUGAUAUGGGGUGUCUAACGAGAAACCAUAGCUUUCUAUAAUUCAACUAUAUGUAUAUUUCUUUGAAAACUGACUCUGCUGUUAAUGCUCAGUUGCUUCACUGUUGCAUUUGUUUGUUUCAUAAAAGGCUUCAGCUCAGCAAUCAAACAAUCUCGACCAUACACAAGCUGUGUGAGUUAUACCACUAAACAAAGCAGAAAAAAUUUCAGUCUCUUUGGCUUGUGGUUUAAUGUCGAUAGAUUGUUAGUAAUUUGGACUUUGGUGGUGAAUUCAAAUGGUAUCGAGACUUCCUGGUGGCAAGGUGACUGGUAAAUAGUCUGGAAACAAAUAGUCCGCUUUAUUUUUGACAAAAUUGAAGCAGUCUUGAAAAUGUAUCACUGUGGAUGGAAUGUUAUUCUUUUAAUUACAUCCUUUUGAAAGUUGCAGGUAAUUAACAUAGCACAUGUGAUCAAUUUUUUGUUAGCAUCAUAUGACUGAAGGCUUGGACUUGUAUGAUGAUGUACUUACCACAACAGGACCAGUGGAAGAUGAGGCAUUGCAGUCACAUGUAUGUAAAAGUGAUUUUAUGAAUAAACAGCUAGUUAGAAUUAAGUGGUCUGCCCUCUAACCUUUUCAAUUUAUAGGCCAAUAUCACUUUUAAGUAUCCCAGCAAGCUGCUUGAAAGCCAGAUCUGCAACAUAAUUGAUACCCAUCUGAACAGCUGUGGCAUAAAAAGCUGUAAACAGUGGGUUUUAGCAAGAGACUAUCGACUGAAGGAAUGCUUACCUCAAUGACUGAAGGAUGGAAGACAGCAAUUGACAGUGGUCUGACAGUUGGAGCAGUCUUUAUAGAUUUCCAAAAAGCUUUUGACACUGUUCCCCAUUAUAUUUUAUCGUAUAAAUUACACGCCAUUGGAAUAUCAGGAUCUCUUCAUGAAUGGCUAAUGAGCUAUCUGACUGAUAGAUGCCAAUUUACUGAAGUAAAUAAUUGCCGGUCUGUCACUGACUAUGUACGCUAUGGAGUCCCUCAAGGCUCGCUUCUUGGCCCCCGGCUCUACACCAUAUAUGUCAAUGAUCUCCCUGACUACAUCGAUUCGGGAGAUCUAUACAUGUACGCAGAUGACACUACAGUCUACUGUAUUGGACCAAAUGUUGACCAGGUUAUGUUAUCAUUAAAUAAAACAAUGGAGCAAGUCCUCAUGUGGAGCAUUAGGAAUCAGCUAACUAUCCACCCAAUUAAAACUGAGGCAAUGAUACUAAGUAAAACCUCUUUUGUUGGGCCUAUACCUCCCCUCUACUUUAACACUGGCCAUAUUGACUUGGUUAAUUACACCACUUGCCUUGGAGUUAAAAUUGACAAUAAGCUGACAUGGUCUGUGCACAUUGACUCAGUGAAGAAAUCUUUUACGCAGAAGGUUGGAGCGUUGAAGAGAAUGAGAAUCCUUCCGAAGAAGGUUCUCGAGGAAAUAUACUUUAAAACAAUUAUCCCCAGUGUAACGUAUGGAAUUUCAGUAUGGGGAAAUUGUUCUCCUUCUGCACUGAACUCUCUAAACCAUAUUCAUGCAAGAGCAGCUCGUAUUGUGCAUAAACUCGAUUCAACGAUGGCAGAUGACACCUGUCUCAUGAAAUCCGACUGGCUGCCCAUCUCUUACUUCUAUAAAAAAUCUGUACUGUUUCUCUUGCACAAAGUAUAUUAUGGAACAACGACCCAAUCGAUAUGUGAACUGUUUUCUAAAAGAGUUUCUUCUAGAUCUCCUCGUGUUCCUAACCAAUUUAAUAUCAUUAGAUUUAGAUCAGAGACUGGCAGGAACUCCCUACGAUACAGAGGUCCUGUUAUUUGGAAUUUUGUAAAUAGAUUAGUCAAAGUACCUGAAAGUUUUUAUUCUUUUAAACAAAUUUUACAUAAAUAUGUUAAGAUUAUUGACAAUUUUUCAUUUGAUAAAGGGGCAACAGUUGUCGCUAACAAAAAGGAUCAUUUCAUUUACUUUUAGAUUUAUAUGUUAGUCUUAGUGAAUACCGUAUUAUUUGUAUACAUUAGUUCUAAGUUAUUAUUGCAAUUUUUAUAAAUGUAAUUCUUAAUGUUUAGUGUAGUAGGUCCACAUCAGCCUUCUGGCUGCCUUUAACACAACCUACUCAUCAAAUAAAGUAUGUAUGUAUGUAUGUCUUAUGUUGUUGUUGUUUUUUUUCAGUUAUUUUAUUCUAUUCAAAUUGUGAGUUGGAAUUUUUCUUAACAUUGCAAUAGGGACAUGUUUCAGAUUCUAAGAAGAGCAGACAUCCAUACAGACAGAACUAAAUUCAGGUCUCUCCACACAUUAUUGUCUUCAUGUCCUAUUGUAAAAAAUCAUUGUUCCAGAAAAGAGAGGGUCUCGGGUCAAAAAGCUGACAAGCUCAGUGACCUGACUUGAUAGGAAACUACUGAUGAUUUGAUGAACCUGAUCACUAUUAACCUAUUAGAAUUUCCCACCUGCACCUUGUCAUGAAAACAUAUCUGGAACCCUGAAAAAUUCUUAACAUGUGAUGCUAUUUUUGUUGCUUGGCUGACUUCAAUAGUUGAACCAGUUGUCAGGGCUGUCAAAAUAAGCCGGCAACCAGCACAUUCCACCUGCUAUUCCGCAUACUGUGACAGCUACUUCGAACAUUAGUAGGUCAGUUCGAAGCGUGAUAUUGGAGAAAUAAAAUGAAAAUUGCUGCCAACUUUUUGGAUGGAACCUGCUACUCAAAAACCUACUGACAACCCUGAGUUGUUGCAGUGGUGAUGGAUAAAAUUUGCCCUUGUGGCUGUCACUGCAACUAGUGGUGCUCAGCACAGACUUCAUGGUGCCAUCUCAGCUAUAAAAGGCUUUUUUGGUGAAAAAAAACAGAGCUUUCCUUAAAAAUGUCUUCUUCCUAUUGUCAUUCAUUUGCUUUUAUUGUUUGUCCCCCUCCCCCCCAACAGCAUACUAAUACUCUGAAUCUGGUUUUGGCUGAUGUUGAAUUUCAAUCAAAUGCAAGGAUUUGUAGCCUUUUCUUGUAGCAGCAGGAGGUCAGAUUGCAAUUGAGAUCCAUGUUCUGUUUCUUUCCCCUAUCACAUUCUGUAUCUCUUUACUUAGACUUCCUGAAGUGAACGAUCAAAACUCCAGGUCUGAUACCAAUCUUAACUGUUAAUAAUUCAUUAUAUUUUAGUAUGAAGAGGAUGUCGCUGAUGUCAUUCCACCAGAUGCACAACCAGGUAAAAUAUCACAUUAAUUACUAUAGGGAAUCAAACUGAGAUCACAACUUCAUAGUACAACAUUAUUGAUCAGACAUCAAAUUAGGAUUUCAAAGUAAUAGCUUGUCCCUGAGAUGAGUGUGUUGACUGUUUUCUAACAUGUAGUUUGGAUUCUGCGACAAAACAAGAAAGCAACUUGUUUACUUUGCUCAUGAAAAUUUAAAUUUUCAUCAAUAUAUUAGGCUAGUUCUGUGUUUCUAUCAAGUUAUAGAAACACAAUUUUAAACCGACCAGCAUGCAUAUUUUCUUUGGGCUAUUUUCUAAAGGUUUUUAAUCCUUACAACUGUCUUUGUCUCAGGAGCCUAUGAAUACAAAUCCUACACGACAGUCCAUCCUAAAUCUGUUGCUGGACGAUCUACGCACACCUACUAUGAAAGGAACAAAGGAAAGCCCCUUUAUGUUGGCAACUUGACAUGGGUAGGUCUGACUUUUGAUUCUUGCUGGCCAGCAUACGAUCAUUAUUAAGAUAUGACUGGUAAUCAAAGUUAUUUAUCCAUCUUAAGCAGCUGUGAAAUAAAAGCCUGAAAAAGUUUCAGCCUUCCUUCUGUUAAGUAACAAAACUAGUAUUGAUUUGGACUGCCUUGAAGAACUUUAUAAAUUAUUCAAAGUACUAAACAGAAUACAGUUGUGAUGAUUUGACUGAUUGAUGCAACAUAAUUUGACCAAAAAUUUAGAACUACUGCCCUGCAAGAUUGACAUCAUAGUCUCUCAUGAUCAGCAACAUAAAUGUGCUGUCAAUAUCUUCCAAACUUGUCACAAAAUGGGUUGUAUUUAGGGCUCACAAAGCUACUAGAGCUGUAGUAGGUGAGGGUUGAACUUCAACCUUCCUGUGAAAUCACUGAUUAGAAGACAAGGUGUUAUUUUAUGUUAUUGUUUAGUGGACAAAUGAUCAAGAGCUGACAGAAUUCCUGCAAGAGUGUGGUGUAACAGAUCUGAUAAAUAUCAAGUUCUUUGAAAACAGAACCAAUGGACAAUCUAAAGGGUGAGUUGGAAGCACGUCAAGGUGGCUUUAUUUUAACUUGUAUGAAUUGUCAUGAAAUAGAGUUCUAGCUGAGUUCAGUGGAACACAAUGUAACGCCUUUUUGUGUUUUUAUGAAAUAUUUGCCUAUCAGUAGACAAUUUCAAAUGUUGACCUUUUAAUUUUCAUUGAUCUAACAGAAAUUAGAUGUUGGAUAUUUUACAAUCCUUUCCCAAUCCUUGACAAUAUUCAUUAUACACACUUUUUUCUUUGGGUUUUUUCACUACCAUUUUAACUUUCAAUUUUUUGUGAGAGCUAUUUUCACUAAUUUAUUCAAAAACUGGGUUGGUUCCAAAAGUUAACAGCAUAUCCCCCUUGAUCCCAACAGAAUUUAAGGUAAGUUUGAAAGGCUUGACGUGCCAAGAAUUUUGCUUAAAGUCCUUUUUCUUAGACAUCAUAUGCAAAAGCAGUUUGAUAAUAUUAUCACAAUCUACAGCAGAUAUUACAUAUGACUAUUAAAUCCAUAAAGAGGAUCAAUAAAAUUCAAAAUUAUUGGCAUUGUUAUUGUCAUGAACUCUGGACUGAUACUGAAGUAAUCUUUUGGGUGGUGCUAUUUUUUGGGUGAAUAUAAGUCUUUUCCAGCCAUUUUUUGGGUUUGCCAUUUUGUGGCUGGAUUGAAGCAUAAAUGCCUCCUUUUUCAUGCUGCCAACUAAAUGCAGUUUGUUGGGUAGAUUUUAAACAGGGGUUCUGCAGCUAGAUCUGUUUUCUGCAGGCAACAUUUCCAAGCAAUCACCACUGAUUGUUUACUGACUCUGUGUGACCUAUACUCACAGCUCUUUCUGCUAUUGAGUGACAACGGAUAGCUGUGGGUUCAGGGCACGGGAUGCAAGGAAGAAUACAACAAACUUACAACAAAGAAAUCUGUUAAACAACCGAGAAAAAAUUCUCAUUUGUGUUUGGUCGAUCUUUGUCAAAAAAGUGUCUCAAGCAAAUUUUGUAAGAAAGAAAAAUAUUUUGUGAAACAUUUUGUAAAAGAAGACAGAAAAAUAUUCCAGAUAACUCUGUACCAUAGUGAAACAAUCACAGGAAAAAUGCAAAUAAACUUUUAUUGCCCUCUAUUUAAACAAUAACUUAAAUACAGAAUUUGUAAAAUCUUUAAAUUAAACUCAACUGUAUUUUUGUUUAUUUUGUAUAGUAGAAUGUUGUAUAUAAUAUUUAAUUGAGAUUAAAUUAUAGUAAUAUAUAAAAAUAUUUAUAACUAACUUGUUCAAAAGAAAGAUGCUAUUGUAUAGGCAGACUACCACUGUAAGUAAUAACGUGAUGUUUGACAGACAGUUAACUGAGAACUGGAAACUCUGGUUAGAUGGAAUUAUAUUUGGAAAGUGUAUUCAUUUGUAAAUGCGCAUCUACCGAUAGCAUUCUGAUAUGAGAUGAAACUGCUAUUGUAAAUAAACUGACAAUGCUAUUCCUGCAUUAUUUAUUCAAUGUUCAGAAGUCUUCCAUCCUUCAAUUUUACGUAAGGUUUCUCUCAACCCAUUAAAGUUAAGAUGCAACUAAAAAGGUUACACAUUCCACGUUUUGCACAAUUAAACUUGCAUCCUGAUAUCUGCAAUUUGUGUGGGUAAUCACAUGAAUUUGAGCGCAAUUUGCAAGUAACAAGCACAGUAAUUUUUUCAAAGGCUAACAAAAUCACAUGAGCCUGUAGGGCAAGUGCAAUUUUCAGUCUUUGAAAAAUUUACAAGUGCUCAUUUAUUCCAAAUCCAAGAGAAUAAUCUUGUGAUUACUUGUUGACAAUGCACUUGAAAACAUACUUUUUAAGGCUGUCUUCCUAUUGUUUUCUAAGUUGAGGUGCAGUGUGUGUGAUAUUCUAAUACCUUCAAAUAUUUCUGAAAUAUUUGCAAAACUUCUUAAAAUAUUUGAAAAGUCUUUAGCAAGCUUCGGUGAUCUUCAACAAUCUUAGAAAUCAUGGCAAAUUUUUGCCAAUAAUCAGAGAUCUUCAGAAGGAUUCAACUGAUUGUCAGAGAUAAUAGGGUGAUUUUUGUUGACAUUCAGAAGGGUUUAGCUUACAAUGGAAAGACACUAAUACGCUCUUUGCAACAAAUGAUGAUCACAUGGUACAAAAUCCACCAUGCUGGAGGGCAAGCUCAUUAGUAUUCCUGCACUGAAACAUUAAAGCAAAGGCCAGUCAAGCUUGACUGUUUAGGGUCUCUGUUUUAACAUCUCAGUGGGGGAAUAAUAAUGAGCUUGCCCUCCAGCAUGGCGGUUUUUGUACCAUGUAAUCGUUUGUUGCAAGAGGCCUAUUAGCUUUAUCUCUCUUUGGAAGGCCUUGGACGAACUUCAAUCACAUUCAAAAUAGCCACUUGGUGCCCAAUUUGGGGAGUGGGGGAUUGGGCCUUGCAAUUUGUGAGCAUCACAACAUCACAAUUUGCGUACUAAAUUUAAAGACAAGAGAGAAGGUGUGAGUCUACCAUAAAUCUUCCUAACGUUCGCAAUCUCACAUAGGAACAUUCAAAGGAUAUCGCUCAGUAUGAAAUAAUGGUUAUUAGUAUAUACACACUCAGUGAUCUUGGUGAUUUAAGCAAUCUGAUUGGUUCGCUAUCUCGGACUAUUCAACAAUAUUCACCUCCUAGCGAGUGGAUAAUGUGUGAGCUCGGUGUUUUUCCCGUUUUUUUUAGAGAACGAUCUUUUAAAAGUCGACAAAAUCCUAGGGCUGACUUUUUUUAAGGCAAGAAAAGACUUGGAAGGAUUCAAUACGGCGUUUUUCAAUGUACUGUAGCAGGAGUUUUGUGCUCGAUGGAUUGUUUACAACUCCCGUGUAUUCGCGUAGAAGAAGCCGUUUCGUGAACUCAGCGUUUUCUAAGAAGAAAAUUUUGGCUCAAAAAUCGAAGUUUAUUUAUGACAAACAAAUUUAAAAGGAAAUGUUUGCAGAAAUUCUACAUUUCAAGUAAACAGGAAAAAGAAUGAUACAGGAAGACGACCUCUUACCUCGAGCAACCGAGCCGCCAUUUUUGUCAGCACUUCAUGCGAAGAACGACACAAUAAACUUGGCGAGUCAAAAGAAAACAACACAGCUCUACUUUUUUUCUCAGGUAAGGAAACAGUUCAAACUUUUAGCGAUUCCAUUGAAGCCAUUACGCUGUUGUUUGCGAAAUGAGUAAACUUGUGAAUUGCCGUGUUUGAAAAUUCUGCAAAGAUCUAUUUUUAAACUUACGCGUGAUUUGAUCUGUCAAUCAAAUCCUACUUUUGAAUGGUUUCCUUUCUGAUUUUGUUGAGAUCACUUCGUGUGUAUAUACUAAAACAAUUAUUCUUCUCAAUCUCGGUGAAUAGUGGCUUUGGGAAUAUUUACCUCGCCGCUUUCGCGGCUCGGUAAAUAUUUUGCCACUAUUCACCUCGAUUUCAAAGAAUAAUUGUUAAAUAUUCUCUUAGGUUCCGGGGAGUUUUGGUAAUCAUUGAUUCAUUUAUUUGCUGUUCACUGAUUUUAAUAGUGGUAACUUGUUGUGUUGCGUGGGUGAUUUAUUUGGAAAGCCGUGUUAUUUUGCUUUGAUUUUGCGUUAUCAGGUUAAAACAAAAGAAUUAUUUAACAGUCUUUUUUCAUUGUUUAUUUGAUGAUAAAUCACAGAAUAGCCGAUACCAUAAAUCACCGACGUAUUUCCGGUCGUCGCUUCUUCGGCUGAAUUAUUUGUGCGUGGCUUAGUGUGAUACUUUGUUGAGACAAAAGAGUUCAUGAAAACAGUUUGCUGUUUUAUUGUUUGGUGCUUCAGAUACAAUCAAGUGCUCAGGCCAUCUCCAAGCCAGUUCGAGGAACGUCCUCUUGAUAAUGACUAGCAAGAAGCGCGUUCGGAAAUUGUUCUCAGUGGGUGACCUCAGACAAGAGGUAGCCAAAGAGAGCUCUUUGCAGCAAAUUAACUCUUGGCCAAUUUUAUUGCCUUUCCAGCAGAGAACGCCCCUGAGUCGAAUCCUAGAACUCUCGAGGCUUGGCUUGUUGCAAGGUAUGGUCUCCUCGCAACCGUUGAAGUGUUAUCCUUCACGCGAUCUACGAUGUCCUUGCCAGUAAAUGAACAACAACGUUUGCUGGCGACAUUUCAUCCCCACGUUGAUGGCAAACACUUCCAUGUGCUGCAUAGAGUUGCCAGGACUUCGCCGGCUGUGUUGAAGAGUUGUCAAACGUCUGUUCUCACUCCGCCUACAUCCUCCUGCUUGCUUUGUCCUAAUUCACCUCAUCUUAGUGUACAUCACAAGUGCAACGUAGUCGUGUACGGUUUUGGUGGGGCAAGGCAAGCAACAAAGAUCUCCACAAGGUGUCACCGUUGCCGCAACAUAUACAACUACACCUCCUUCGGAAACGCUGGGGAUGGUUGGACUCUGUAUCAGGAAGCCAGGGAUUUGGUUGAGGCUAGUGACGCCUGCUUCGUCGAAAGACCUGUGUUCGAGCUGCAGUGUUCGCUAGCGUAAGUUUAUAGCUUACAUAUACUGUAUUCUAGCUUGUUAUUUUAUCUGAUAAUUCCAGUGUAAUGUGAUGAUUAUUCCAGUCUAAUGUGAUGCUAACUCACCCAUCGUUAUUAUUUUGUUGAAGAAAAAGGAAAAAGGGUCUUUUUUUUUCUUAAGCUUAGGUAAUCUCUUGUUAUAUUCUAUCCUGCUGAUACUAUUUUGUGUUUUCGUACCGCAGAAAUCACUGCUGGGUGAGUUUUAGUGGUUGGAGUGUCGCAUAUAAUGAGGCAUUUGGUCUACUUUCUAACUCCCUCGGUAAGUCAGUGUUUUCAUACCAGAAACUCAUAAAGAAACGUGUACCUCUCAUAUGUUUGCUUUGUCCAAUUCUCAUGAUUUUUCGUAUUUGAAAGAGCCAUAUUUGGAACGAGAGUAAAAGAUAACUUACCAAUUUAAAGUAUAUUCGAUGUGACGUAAUAUAACUUCGCGUUCUUGCCCGCUUUAAAAAAACGGCCGACAAACAGGGUAAAAACUCUCGAAAGCUUUAAAAGGUUGAAAACAGAAAGCAUACUGAAAUACUGAGCAGGAAAUUGGCGCACCACCCUGGCCAAAUGCAACACUUUGAAACCCAUUGAUCACCACGGAUCUUCGUGGUACCUUGGUGACCCUGAUCUGAGCAAGUAACCUUAUACUGCACAUAGGCUUUUAAAUUAUAUUUCUCAUAUUUAAAGCCUAUAGAAUAAACCGUAAAAGAUAUUUUUGAGUAAAAUUUGUUAGCUACAUGUCGAAAAGCGUCCAAAAACUAGUAUCCAUUGUCAGCAUCUUUGCUUGUCAGGUUUGCUUGGCCUUUACUUAGAGAAUUCAUUUUCUUAAAAGAAUGAUGUCUCUCAAUAGUGUACUGCUAAUACUUUUAACCACUUUUUAGUGCAGUAUAGCUAAUCCCUUACUGUCGUCUGUAUUAGAAGUGUCUGAAAAACAAGUAGCGGCUACAUUUUGGAACGGUGAGCUGGAAAUUGAAGUUAGGGGAACAGGGCAGCUUGACUUCUAUGGAUUAUUCCAUAAAAACGACGACAGGGAGGCAGUGAUGGAGGAAAUAGAAAGAAGAAGAUCUCAGUCAGUUUAUGUUCACUGUUCUGAGGAUUGUUCACAAGACUGCAAAAAGAGGGGUAUGUUUAUCAAGUGAAUUAGUUACUUUAAAUGGUGCAUUAUUAGUAGGAUGCUGUGCCUGUUAUCUAGUGAUAACUCGUAAUAAAUUACUUCAGGGCAAUGCAGAGUCUAUUUAUUACUUAUCCACAGAAGAUUUCUGUACAUUUAUUUUUUGCUAAACUGUUUCUUCAUAUAGUUGCAUAUUUUCCUGGUAUGAUUUGUUGACACACAAGUAUUGUUGCUUACUGUAUCUCUGUAAAAUAUCAUUUGAUAUAAUAUUGCCACUGAUUUAUAAUAUUUAUUAUUAACAUUUUUACUUUAACUUCUUUACGUCUCUUUUGUCAAAAACUGCUAUAAUUUGUCGGGUUAAUGCGUUUUUGAAAAUUCUAUGCGUUUUAAUAAAGUCAAUUUGAUUCGUACAAUUUCAUGUUUAAGGUAAUUCCCUAGUAAAAGAAUGUAACAUAGACUGUUGAUGAAACUUGCUACACUGAUGUAACAAGUCAAGAAGAUGAUAAAAAAGUAAUAAAAAGUGGGGGUCACCGUGCUCGUUUUGACGUCACAAUGCUGACAAAUACGGCCAUUUAGGACCCUUUUACAAAAACCGCAGGCGGCCCAAAACUAGACAAAAAGGAGAGUUUUUUUCGAUGAUGCAUGUGGUAUCACACAGAAUUGGACAUUAAUGUAUUGUUUAUCCACUUACGUACCAGAAAAAUGCCUUUUAAUGCCCUUGUUUUUACUUUACGCUACAAAGUAGAAUUCAAUUAGACACGCGCUAUUCGACCCGUGAUAGCUCAAUCCGUACAAUUUAGUAAAAUUGACAAAAAACUGAACAUAGAUUUGUGCCAAUUUUUUUCCCAAUCGAAAGAAAGUAGUGUCCUUAUUAAAAUCAUGGAAUAAAAAAUGGGGGUCACCGUACUCGUUUUUGCGGUAGAGCUGCAGAAAGUGCGCAACAAAUGCAUUUUCUCCGAUUUUUGAGAGAGGACUGGGGCGAGUGUCAUAUUAGAAUGUAUGUGAAAGGGGGAAGAAAGUAUUAAAAAAUCCGUUUUUACAGAAUUUACUUCGAGAUAUCAUCUUUAGGACACAAUGUGAUAAAGAAAGCGUUUAAAUGAAAAUCAAAGUGAGUAAGCACAAGUUAAACAUCUACUAUCGAGGUUCUCCGAGAGGAAGUCGAACUCAGCAACUCGCAUACUGCUUACGUAAUGCACAUUCCCAACACAUUGAGUCUCACCUCGGCAAGAAAUAACAGCAAGCAAAAAUUCCCAUAGCGUUUCUCUUCAGUCAACUUCAUUUUAAUAAUGUUACUUCACAUGCUAUUUUUUACGGCGGCCAUCUUGUUAUGCGCAGUAAGAGAUGCGCAAUGCAAAACUAGGGAAUCACCUUAAAGUGUUUGGAUUGAACAGGUAGUUUAAUUUUUAGUUUAAUUUCCAAUAAGGGCAGCUGUUGCUGCAGGUUUUUUAAUAACUUAGCAAUGUCAAAUCAACAACGAUUUACAUGUAUCCCUGCAUGGGUAUUUUAUAAUAUUAACCCGUACAUGUAUACAUUUGCCAAGGAAUGCCAUCAACACCCUUGAAAGUUCAAUUAAAUUUCUAACCAUAGGUUGUGGUAGGCUCUGGGUGGCUGAUGGGCUGUGAAAGACAAUGUUCCCACAUUGCGCAAUGUCCACUAAGGUAAAAACUUGAAAUAGUUAAUUUCUCCUCCAGCCCUUAUUCUGCAGUCAACGUCCUUAAGGGGAUCUGCUUAAUUUUCAUACAUGUAUUUCAUAUAUUUAUCCAUUUCUCCUAAAAGCAACUUUUGAUUUUAAAUACAUUCAUCACUCUCAUGAUUAAGACACAAAUUUUAAUUGCAGCUGCACUAAGUUCAAAAUGCGAAAAAUGCUCAUUUCAGUCAAACUGCUUACAAAAUACGUUAUAAUAAUCUAUGCAUUUGGUUUGGUAUAUGAAAAGUUUUGCUUCUGAAUCAAAGGCAACAUUCUUGGCCACGCUAGGUGAAAAGAUCAGCUGAGCCGUUCCAAAUUGAAACAGGUGUUCCUAAUUGAUUCAGACGCCAAACUUUUCAUGUACUUAAUUCAAUGUAUUAGGUUUGGCUCUUAAUGUUUGGCGUCUGAACGCGGCCUUAUUGUAUUAGCCUGCACAGCAUGGUGGUUUUGUUUGGGCGCGCAAACAAGCCUAGGAGGGCAACCGUGGGCAAGGGUGGUAAAACUGUGAAUCGUGCGCUGGACAAAACUGCCAUGUUAUGCAGGCUAAUAUUAUAUAAAUAAUCACUUCAAAACAGGGGACAAAGUAUUUAUUUUAUUUACAUGUAGACAUUGAACCGCAACAUAUAUACAUGAUUAUAUUGAAAUCCAUUGGUACAUUUUUUUCUUUAAUAGGUGGACUGUACAAAAGAGACUCCACUCUGUGCAAAACAAAAUAUUCGAGCAUAUCCAACGUAAGUUGUAAGAAACACUUAAUGUAACUCUCCAGAAAGCUCUGCGUGCGAGACAGAUGUGUAAAACAUGUUAAAGCUUGUGUUAGCCCUCUCAAAGGAAACCCAAGGCUGGCCUGUAUAAUGUAAGGAGUGUUUUAAUAUUAUUUGCUGUUGUUUAUUUCUUUUCAAAGGUUAAAGCUGUAUUAUGAUCAAGGUGAAAUCAAGAGAUAUAAUGGCAAAAGACGUAUGAAUGAUCUUAAAGCUCUUGUUGACAAAUUUGCUGGGACAUCUGAGGUAUAUUAUCUACUUACAUUUAACUUGUGAAUUAUACCCCGUGACUUCCUAACUUCAUUCCCUUCAGUGAAUGUUAACUGUUUUUUCUGACAUAACUCUUAGACUCAACUCCUAGACCACAUUAUGGAGACAUCGUGGCUGAGUGGUUAGAGCGCUGUACUUGUAAUCCAUAGGCCUCGUGUUCAAGUCCCGCCCUGACUGCUAGCUGGAUUUGUUCACGGUAGUCCCGAGUUCAAAUCCUUGGCUAUAUGCUUGUAAAAUAGCCAACUGAUUUGCCGCCAGCCAGUUGUAAUUUUUAACCUUGUUAUGUUCCACUUGAAUUUGUUUUUUUCAUUAUUCCUGAAAAGCCCCAUAAGGAGCGAGAGGAUAAUUAGGUAUUUUAUUUAAUAUCCAUUUGUUAUUAUUUUGUCAUUCUAACUUGUAAAUCUCUGUACGCAAUGCUAUGGCAUUUCCAUUCAAAUGAUUAAGCUCUUUGGUAGAGAUCUUGCAUUGUACUAGUAACUUCUUAGAAUUUUACUGAUUCUUUUUGCUCACUGUUAAGAGUGAAAGGGUUACCCUUUAAGCCCUCAUAGUGACCAGCAUCAAAUUUCUCCAAAACAGUAUCAUCGCCAAAUUCAAAUGUACAGGUAAAGAGAAUGAAUGAAAUGAUCAGCACUGAUAAAAAAUGUCUUGAUAUUUGAACAGUACAAUAAGUAUCAUAUGGAGAACAUUGAGGAGAAUAUACAUGUUGAUAUCAAGGCUGAGAGGGGUAAAGGAAAUUAGUAAAAUCCAACUACUGGUCUAUUAUCAAUGCUGCAUUCUGAUUGGUUGAGCUACUAAUAGGUUUUUUGGCGGCAAAAAGGGAUUAAAGUCUAGCUUUAACUGGCUAAAGUUGUUUUGUCUUGAUAUUUUUGACCAACUAGUUGUAUUUUACUAAAACAAUUUAUUAGCUAUUUAUUAUUCCUCUCGCCCUCAUGGCCUCUGAAUCAAUAGCACAUUUGGCCUUUGGCCUCAUGGGCUAUUGACUCAGAGCCAUAGAGGGCUCGAGGAAUAAUUGUCAAUUAAUAGAGACUUAAGGUGGCUCGACUGGAUUUUUCUGGGUUGAUACCUCCCACGUUUGAGCAUUAACUACGUCGGCAUGAGUAAAGAUAUGGAAAAAAGGUUACCACAACUGUAUUAUAUAAAGAUGAAAAUUUCUUAUGAUCUGGGUUUUAUUGCAAUCGGAGUCGCCAUGGCAACGUAAUGACGCCAUUACGUUUUUCAUUUAUCGUUGUGUUUCUCUGUACCAGGAGUUUUUUGAAGAAAUCGCUUAAGGGAGUAUGUACCUGCCAUAAUUGCCUCCAUUAUGGCAAAGUUUGAAGAAAUUCUAUGAGAGCGUUUUCGAAAUAUUCUGAAAUGUUGUUUUAAGAACCAUCAAAGCAGUGAAAUAGCAUGCUAGCCGCAAAAUUCGCUAAUAUUUUAAGAAAAUGAUAAUCUUUGGAAUCGCAGCUUCAUCUCAUAGUGGUUUGAUUCCAUGGAAAACUGCAUACAAAAAAAGAGGGGAAUUGCUCUGGGCGAUCGCGAGUAAGAAGAAUUUUAUUAACUUGCAUUCAGCUGCUUUUGAUACAGUUUUUGGAGGCAAUUUGGUCCAUGCCUAAAAAUUUCGCAUUUUUCCAAAAACCGCUCGAUAAAUGUUUUUAUAAAUUCGACAAUCCCGAGAUCGAUCGUCAAGAAAUAUUCCCUGCAAGUUUCAAGAACAUUGAAAACAGGGAAUGCUUUUAAAUAGGGCCUCAAUCAUAACCAAUUUUUCCCCCAGAUUUUGUGUUUACAAGGGAGCGUCCUCAUUAUUCACUGGCAUUGUUUUCAAGUUUCAUAUGCACGUGCACAACUAGCAAAAGAUAUAAAUUUGCAUCAAAAAGAACUCUCGAUUACUUUCCGAAGAAAUAUCCAGAAUAUGCUAAUAAUUGGCUUGUCGUCACAUAUAGCAGUGAGAGCCGAAACGGUAAACGUCACGGCUCAUCGUGUAGGAUGCAAUACUUGAUUAUCUUACUCGGGUUAUAAGGUCUUAUAACAUCACAGAAACUCUCACAAAGAGUUGCUCUGAUGUUAUAUAAUGUAUCACUAAUCUCUUUACCCGGUAAUUAGCAUAUCCCGGAGAUUUAACCCAGGGUCCUUUUUGAUGCAAAUUCUAUCUUUUUGCUAAAUGUGCUCGUGUAUAUGAAACUUGAAAACAAUGCCAGUGAAUAAUGAGGACGCUCGCUUGUAAAUACAAAAUCUGGGGGGGAAAUUAACUAUAUUUGAGGCCCUAUUUAAAAGUCUUCCCUGUUUUCAAUGUUCUUAAAACUUGCAGGGAAUAUUUCUUGACGAUCGAUCUCGGGAUUGUCAAAUUUAUAAAAAAAUUUAUCAGCGGUUUUUGGAAAAAUGCGAAAUUUUUAGGCAUGGACCAAAUUACCUCCAAAAACUGUAUCAAAAGCAUCUGAAUGCAAGUUAAUAAAAUCCUUCUUACGCGCCAUCGCCCAGAGCAAUUCCCCUCUUUUUUUGUAUGCAGUUUUCAAUGGAAUGGCAAACCACUAUUUGAUGAAGCCGCGUUCCCAAAGCUUAUCAUUUUCUCAAAAUAUUAGCGAAUUGUGCGGCUAGCAUGCUAUUUCACUGUUUUUGUGAUUCUUAAAACUGCAUUUCAGAAUAUUUCAAAAACGCUCUCAUAGAAUUUCUUCAAACUUCGCCAUAAUGGAGGCAAUUAUGGCAGGUAUGUACUCCCUAAAGCGAUUUCCUCAAAAAACUCCUGGUACAGAGAAACACAAAGAUAAAUGAAAAACGUAAUGGCAUCAUUACGUUGCCAUGGCGACUCCGAUUGCAAUAAAACCCAGAUCAUAAGAAAUUUUCAUCUUUAUAUAAUACAGUUGUGGUAACCUUUCUUCCAUAUCUUUACUCAUGCCGACGUAGUUAAUGCUCAAACUUGGGUGGUAUCCCCCUCAAAAAAUCCAGUCGAGCCACCUUAAAGAUAUGCCAUUUCCGUUUAAGUGUACACUGGGUAAAUUGUGCCUACCCAUUUAGUUGCAGAGGUAGACGUCCUCUUACCCUGGAGAAAGGGCUUGCUUUCUCUCAGAAUCGUAUCUGAUCAUGAUCUUUUUUAUCUACACUUACAUCUGUGACAGAAGGAGAGUGAGUCAGCAGACACAGCUGAGGCAGACAAUGGCCAACCUAUACACACUGACUUCAGAGAACUUUGACAAACAUGUGGAAAUUGGACUACAUUUUAUAAAGUUCUAUGCGCCAUGGUUUGUAGAGUCAAGGAUAAAGACUACUUUUGGUUUUGCUUUCCUCUUUGCUUUGCGAUCUUUUUGCAUCAAUUCAGUGUUUUUUUUCUUGACUGUUUUUUUUAUCAGGUGUAGCCACUGCCGCAAGCUUGCACCCACGUGGAAGGCAUUGGCUGAGUAUCACAAGGACAAUAUGGACAUCACAAUUGCUAAGGUGCAGUAAAAUAUCGCAUUUAUGUCUAUUUAUUUAUUUUAUAAAUAUGUUAUAAUUCACAAAGGUUUCCCACCACUAUGAAUGUGCAAAAUGAAAAUUAAAAAAUAAUAAUAAAAUAAAAUGAUGUAUAAAAUCAAUGAGGGAGAUCUUUAAAAAAAUUAGUAACAGGAGAUUUAAAUGCGUCCACGGAAGGCUGAUCUAAUAAAAAGGAAGGUUAAGUGUUCUGUUACAGAACAGGGAUUAGAAGGCGGGGAAUUGAACUGCUAGAAAGUUUUUUAGUGUUUUUUUCCUAUGAAAGUAUCCUGGAAUCAGGAUUAUAAUAGCAGAGUAUCUUUGGCCCUGGCUCUCAGUGAUGUACCGGUCACCUCAUGUUUUUUUUUGUGGUUUUUUGCGAUCUGCUUUCUUGGUUUAUUAUUUUUCAUUUCUUACUUCAACUUUUUGCAUAAUCACUCAUAAUUAGCUGACAGGUCGCUAGAUAUUCUACCAAUUUCUUCUUUUUAUCACCAUAAGAAAUACAAAGAGCAAUCAAAAGGGAGAAGGCAUAGUUUGAAGGGUAAUUAAUUACAGCUGUAUAUGAUUGGUUAAUCGUAUUUCAUUUUCCUUUUACUUCUAGGUAAGUUGGUUUCCAGUCUUUUCCAAUCGAGUAUCGUGAAACGCACUCGAAGUAAUUACUGUGGGCUGCCAAUACUAACGAGCGCAGACAUUCAAAUGAAUCAGUCAAAUUCAAGAUAGAUAGCCCUUGCCAAGCGCGGGAAAACGAUUAUCAGCAAGUUAUGUAUUUUUAUGAAUUCUGAUUGGCUGAGAAAGGGGCGUAGGAGUUUAUUUAGCCAAUCAAAACGAGUAGCAACGCAAACUGUGCACACGUUUAACCGCUUUACAGUGUUUUUUUUUAAUUUAUUUUUUUCUUGUAUUCUUCUUUCUUACAGAUUGAUUGCACAACUGAAGGGAAAAAGUGCACAGAGCAUAAGAUUCAUGCGUUUCCUUCACUUAAACUGUUUAAAGAUGGCAGAGAGGUUUGUUGUGGCCUACGCGUGCUCUAGUCUAUAGCUUUCUGUCGAAAAGAGCGAUAUUUUCAUUCGCUCUGACGAAAGGCUAGUGGUCGAACCUAGGCUUUCAUUUUUAUGCUAUUGCUUCACCUGAAUGCUCCAUUUUUUGCACUAAAAUGCUCGAUCUCCCUAAAAAGUUUCCAUAAGGCUCGGAUAAUUCUCAUCAUAAAGACGUUAGACUGCAAGCAGUCUCUCUUUUUCUUCAGAUUUAGUGGGAGCAAUGCACGCGCGCGGGAGCGGCCAAGCCGUGAGACGUUCGAAAUGAGGGCAGCAGCCCGUGCCUCUCCCGUCUCGCGUCAUCAGUCACGCGCGUGGCCAUUUGCGUGUCUCGCGUUUUGCUCGACGGACGACAGAAAAAAGAGAGACUAUUCGUAGUCUAUAAGGACAUUAGAUGUAAGGUCUGUAAAGUACAAGCGCGGUAUUUUUGUUUUAGGUGGACAGCUAUGAAGGAUCGCGUUCGCUUGACGACCUUAAGAACUACUUGACUCUGAAGAUCUCUGAACACAGCCUGUUAAGCAGUGCAACGACGGAGAAUAGCGAAACAGCUGAGGAGAUACCUUCUGAUGAACUAGACUUGCAGGUAUACAUGCAGACGUGUCUAAGGGUAUGUUCACACUGUAAUCGAUACUCUUGCGCCAGCACGAAAACCGUACCGGAUAGUGAAGUGAAGCGUCACGUAUUGGAUAAGUUGUGUGCCACACUUUGGUGCUGUGUGAAAAGGUACUCGGACAUUGCCGAAGUAGGAGCGAGAACUGGAAUCCACUGAGACGGAAGUAAAUAUUCAGGUUGAAGAUUUGGAUCUAGGACACCAAAUCCUCACGGCCAACUGCUCCGGCUUAACCCUUUAAACCCUGAGAGUGAUCAGCAUCAAAUUUCUCCUUGUAAUAUCAAUGCUUUGUAAAACAGAGUGGUCAUGAGAAUUACGGACAUGACCACACAAGAUGAGUCUGAUUGAUAUUUUAUCAACUUCUCCCCACUACUUCUAUGGUAGAUGAAUAGGGGCGACAAAUGAGAAUUUAAUUUUGAUCUUAGGGUUUAAAGGGUUAAAUGCGAUGUAUUUGAACGACCUCUUCCAGUUCCGGGCUGUUUCUGAGUAUUAGUUGCGGUAUGGUGUGGACAUAGCCUAACUUAAAAAGUUUUAUAAUUUCAAUCAUCAAUAGCCUUACCAUUUAAGAAAGUCUUUCGCUCAUUAUGCUCUGAGUUUAUAGCGGAGAAAAUGAAUAUCUUAGCUUCCGUUGGGAUUCGAUUCGAACACCUCCCAUAUUCCGGUCGGUCCCUCGAAUCACUGAGCCUGCUACAGGAUCAUAGAAAGCUAAGCUGUGUACCUUUUUCAUGUACGACGCAUGUCCUGUGACACUCUGUAUGCUGUUGGUAUCAUCUGUGUCGAAUGUGUCCUGUAUGCUCCGUGAAUAAGCGACAAAAAUAAAAUGUUUGUUAAGUUCAUCAUGCUUCAUUUCAGAUCAAACCAUUUCAGCUCACCGACAGUAAUUUUGAUGCCAUGAUCAGUUUUGGUACAACAUUUGUCAAGUUUUACGCUCCUUGGUAA